GCAUUUUUUUAAUUUUAGAACAUUUUACCAAAUACAUGCUUAGUAGAACUUGAUGCUAACGUUUUAACUAAAUACCUGUUGGGAAGCACUUGAUGCCAAUAUAGCCUAAGGUAUUUCUGCAUUUCCCAGGUAUUGAAGAUAAGCUCAAAAAUUCACAAUCUCUUCAAUCCAAUCCGAUCCACCCAUGCUCUCACAGCCUCUCGGCAAAACCAAAUCGGGCAUUCAUCAUCGUAGAAGCCUAUAAACCGACAAUAGAGCGACAAAAAUGGCAAUGCCCGAUCAUGUGAGGGAGCCCUGCCCCGAUAGAAUUCUUGAUGACCUUGGGGGUGCCUUCAGCAUGGGGGCAGUUGGGGGUUCAGUAUUCCACUUCAUAGUGGGUAUCAAGAAUUCUCCCAGAGGAGAACGUUUUCAUGGAGGUAUACAGGCAGUGGCUCUCAAUGCCCCCAGGGUUGGGGGCAGUUUUGCCGUGUGGGGAGGCCUGUUUUCAGCCUUUGAUUGUGGAAUGGUCUUCCUCAGGCAAAAAGAGGAUCCAUGGAAUUCUAUUGCUGCAGGGGCUGCUACAGGUGGAUUCCUCCAAAUGAGGCAGGGCCUGAAAUCUGCUACCAAAAGUGCCAUGUUUGGAGGCAUUCUAUUAGCACUGAUUGAAGGUGCAGGUAUUCUCAUGAACAAAAUGUUGGCCCCACCACCACCCCCAAAGUUAGAGGAGCAGUUCCCUCCAAUGGGGAUGGGCUAUCCCGGAAGGGGACUUCCUCCGGCAGGGUUGCCUUCUGCUUAUAUGGGUGGCAUACCAGCACCCAAUCAGAUGGAUCCACAUCAGCAGAAAGUAGGUAGGUCGAUGGGUGGUGAAUUCUCAAAGGAAAACACAGGUUUGACCUCUGACCUUGGGCAUAAGGGCCAUGAGGAAAAUAGUAAUAAGGGAGGGUUCUUCACUGGAUGGUUUUCUAAGAAAAGAGAGGAACCGAAGAAGGAUAAUUUGGAUAUUUUUGAUUCCAGCUCCGCUCCUCCUGUUCCCAAUUUUGAUGUGAAAUGAAAGCUAGAUUUGAUUUUCUUGUUUUGCAAUCCCUAUUCAAUACAGCACAGGUCCUUUGUCCUUGUAGAUCUUAUCCUAUUUAUACAAACAAUAACUAUACAGGUUCUUAUCUGCAAGGGAAGAUUAUGUCAGUUUAGAUGUGAGACCAGAAGAAAUCCUGCAACUCUCUUUAGAAAGAUAAGGAUACUUAUAGUACAGUUGUAUCCUCCUUGAAGAGCUUGAUGAACUAUUGCAAGUGCAGGUCUCACUUCUGCUUAGCAACACUGUCAAAAAUUCUGUUUUAUGUAUAAUUGAAUCGAAUUUGCUUGCUCCGCGAGCUUCUUCAAUGUGCUUGGGAUGGCGAGUUAAAGUGUCACAGGCUGUUAUUUCAAUUAAAUUAUUGUGAUUUACUUCUA